AUGGUUAAAAUCGUAUAAGCAACCAAAUUGCUUAAAUCAAGGCGUCUAACUAGGUUAAAACUGAGUAAACUAUCAUUGUAAUCUAAACAAAUUGUACCUAAUAAAAAAGAAUAAGAAACCAAAUAGGUUCAAAUUAUAAAUGAGGAUUAAUUUAUUACGCAUAUAGAACCAAUUAAAUAGUUAUUGCCUUUCUAUCAAGGGGGUAAAAUACAAAUAACAAAUAAUGUGAUAUAUACAUGUUUCAAUUUUUGUGUGCAAUAUCUUGAUAAGAAAAUUCAACAUAAUCAAGAAGAAAUAGCAAAUUUUUGUGUGAGCAAUCUAAAUGAUUAUAUCGCAACAUUUACAAAGAAUUAUAUGCUCAGAUAUGUUAGAUUGAAUGAUCAUAUCACCUAAUUUACAAUUAAGACAGAUCCUCUAUUUGCCAUUGAUAUGUAAUUUAGUCCAGAAGAUGUCUACUUGGCUUUAGGUGGUACAAAUUGCAUGGUCAAAAUUAUAAAUGUUAAAAAGAACCAACAAAGUACUGAAUUCAGAGUCAGUGGAAGUGUUCUCAAAUUAUAAUGGAUUCCUAUUAUGAGGAAAUUACAAGUGGCAAUUGCCACAGAUGACAGACGCAUCUCAUUAUUUGAUUUAGUAGCAAACAGAAUACUGUGCGGUUUCGUUGACUUUAAUAGUAGGAUAACCCAUAUUUAGUUUAGUCAGCAUAUGUUGGUGUCAAGUUGCAAUAAAUACAUUAAAUUUUGGGACACAAGCGUAUAAAAAUUGACUGAAACCAUAGAGUUUGAUAUUGAAAUUGAGACAUUCAUUUAUUUCAAAAAUACCCUUAUCAUAGGUACAGAAUCUGGAGAUUUACAUAUUAAAUAGCAAAACAAAAAAAUUGCUAUAGAUUCAUAAUUUAAUGGCUAAUAAAUAUUGAAAUUUAUUAACUGCAAUGAGAAAUUGUAUAUCAUAACAAGUGAAUUGCAUAUUUAUAUUACUGAAUUAGUAUCUGGACAAAUACAAUAGUAAAAAUUAUUAUUAGGAUAUAAUGAUGAAAUACUAGAUGUAAAGUUUAUUCAAAAUAACCAAUUGCUUUUGGCUACAAAUUCCCCAUUUAUGAAGAUAUUAAAUUUAGAUAGCAUGGAGGUCAUUGCAUGGAAGGCUCAUUACAGUGUGAUCAUGUGUUGUGAAUUUAUUGAUGAUCUAAUAGUAACAGCAUCCAAAGAUAAUUGCGUCAUUAUAUUCAAGUAUAAGGGAUUCAAACAACCUAUAGAGUUACACAAAUAUAGUGGUCAUUCUGAUGAUGUAAUUUCAAUAGAUGUCAAUUCCAAAUAUAUUGCAUCUGUUUCAAAAGACAAAUCACUUAAGUUAUGGGAUUUAAAGAAUUAUCAAUCUGAAUAAUCUAUAAAAACUGUUGUUGCUCAUGAGAAAGAGAUGAAUUGUGUUCGAUUCUCACCAAAUAAUAAACUUAUUGCCACAUCUUCCUAAGAUAGACUUAUUAAAUUAUGGGAUGAAAAUUUAAUGAAUAAGAUGACACUUAAAGGUCACAAAAGAGGAGUCUGGGAUAUAUAGUUUUCUCCAAUUGAAAAAAUAUUGGCUUCUGCAAGUGGAGACAAUACUAUUAAGCUCUGGAAUCUUAGUGAUGGCUCUAUCAUUAAAUCCUUCUAAGGAGUGGCUCCUCAACUAAAAGUGUAAUGGCUUGCCAGAGGAUCUGAACUAAUAAGUACUGAUUCUAUUGGUAAUAUUAAAUUAUGGAAUGUCAAAAAAUAAACUUGUAUUAAUACUUUCUCACAACAUACUGGUAAAAUUUAUGCCUUGGAUAUAAAGAGAGAUAAUCAAGAUAUUUAUAUAGUGACUGGAGCAAAUGAUUCCAAUCUAAUUCUAUGGAAAGAUAAGACAGAGUAAGUGACUUAGCAAUAAUAACUACAAUAACAUGAAACUAAAAUAAAGUUACAAACAUUCCAAGAUUUUAUGAGAGAUAAACUAUAUUUAGAUGCAGCAUUUAUUGCAUUUUAAAAUAAUUAUAUAAAGCAUUUUAUUUAGGCUGUUACUUAAAUUUAUAAGCAAGUUGAUUAUGACAAUGUUGUAUCUAUGUUAUCUUAAAAAAUGGUGAAAGAAGAUUUAUUAAAAUUUUUAUAAUUGUUGAUAACACUAAAUUAAAGCAAGAAAACUUAUUAGGCAGCCUAACAUUUAUUCUAUUAUUCAAUAAAAUUAAUAAAUGUAAAUGAAUUUAAAGAUGAAAAAAGAGAGUUAGUGAAAAAAUUGCUGUAAUAAUUGAAAUAUUUGACAUCCAAAUGUUUUGAUCGAUUGGAAAGUAAUUAUUCUUCAUAGUUUCUAAUUAAAUUUAUGAUUGAUAAGUCUAAAAUUGUUGUUUGA